AUGGCUCCUCUAAGAGCACCAGUUCUCCUCCUGCUGCUGGCCACCGCAGGAGGCGGCCAGGGCUCACCGGAGGAGGCUAACACGUCCACGGCACCAGGCGCUGCCGGAGACGGCGGCUCGCUCCCUGAGAUCGAGGCCUCUGAAAAGCUCGGGUACCUGCCUGUGCCGUCCGCGGACCAUGAUGCGGUACCUGCCGGUGUUGAGAGAAAAGAGAAGGGAGCAGAGUCUGCAUCAGGCGGUAACCAGCAUCGGAGAAAGAUAAUGAGAAAACGGAUGCGUGUCGUUGGCCAUGUCUCGGCAGCAGAAAAAGAAGAUAACGAUGAAGUUCAAACUGUCGAGACCCUGACACCAGAUAAUACGAAAGCCAACACUAAGGCCAGGCAGAGAGCAGUAACAGCAAGUGCUUCAGACGGUAAAAAGAUUAAAUCAUCUCUCCAAGGCCCUGUCAGGAGGCGAGUGAUCAAGAGAACUAAGAACGCGCCAAGCUCGUCUUCCCAGUCCAAACGCCCAGCCGGCGCCUCAUCAAGAAGCCGACAGAUCAUUAGAAGGCGGGGACCUAGUCUCAGUUCCAAAGACAAAUCUUCAGCUAUCACUUCAACCACGGCACCUAAUGGCUCCUCCCCCAACAGUUCCAAAACGCCAAUCAAAAGACGUAGGAUAGUAGGCGGAAGGAAAGAUCACUCGGCAGCUGCUCACCCAACUUCAUCCCCUUCACAAAAGCGGCGAGGUAGGCGUCCGCUGGGAAGUGUUUCAGCAUUGGUGGCCUCCUCACCGGAAGUGCCCUCUGUGCAGCCGCUGCUCGUACGGCCUCGCGUUGCACGUGCUGAUGGAUCCACUGGCGCAUCGUCAGUUAUCCCCCUUAAGCGAAAAGUAAUUCGUCGACGAGGGCGUGUCUUGAGCGAUGCCGAUUCUCGGACUGGCAGUUCCGGUAGCAAGCAGAACAAUGGUGCAGCCGCAGCUUCCCCAACAGUUAUCCGAAGACGCGUUCGUGUUAGAAACCCGGACAAAUCGUCCACACCUGGUAUUUCUAGGAAAGUUGUGACCAGCUCGUCAACAGGGGGCCCUCCUUCCCCCAGAACGAACGGUAAAGCGAGAGGAAAGGCUUGCAGACGACCGACAGAAGAGGCAACAACACUAGUGGAUUUCAGCUCGGAUGGUGCUUCACCUGUCAGGCCCCUGGACGUUAGACCCCGUAUAGCUCGCGCUCGCGGUGCAAGCGGUGGUCCCGGAGGAAUUAAUACUAUCGGCUCUUCGUCCGACAAGUCUCCAUUCCGGCAGGUCACUCGAAGAAGGGUUAUCAAGCGUCGCGGAGGCCAGAAGGCUGUCAAGGUCGUUACGCCAAUUACCUCCCGCCAAAUCACCUCUGCAACUGUCGCCCCCGAUCCAGCAGAGACUUCCACUGAGUUCCAACAGCCUACCACCACGACACCAUUCGAGGUAUCAUCUACUACAGAUGCGCCCCUGCCGUCAGCUAGCGCUACGCCAUCACCAUCGCCAGAUACCAAGCCUGCGUCACUGCAGACCGCUGCCACCUCGGAGAGUCCCGCAGUUACCGCAGAGGCUCAGCCAGAAGAUAGCAUCACUUCUUGGCCAGCUGUUGCAGUAGCCACACCCCAGCCAGCUACCAAGGAAAGGAAUCGCAACGGCCGAGGACGAAGACCAGCAAAGCUUUCUCGUAAAGUAAUCCGAAAAAGGCUGCCAUCUGUAAUUGCAGAUAAGGCCGUUACCAUUCCGUCCAUAACAAAGGUUUCUCCCGAUGCGUUUGCUGUGUCCAGAAAGGAGCCAAAAGUUGUGGCCACUACGCAAAAGCCUUUUGGAGUCGCUGAGCGCACAACAGACGAUAAUCUUCCUCGCGACGAUUUGCAAAGAACGGUUGAGGCGCCUGCAGCAUUCCCCAGGAAGCCAAAGCCAGGUAGCGAGCCAGAUACAGUCUCACAGCAGCCAAGUGCUGAAGUUCCAAGUGCAGCAGUACAAGAUAUCCUCGCUCCAGGCUUCUCUCGCAUCCAAGCUAUUCAGCCAAGUCCGGAGCAAAUUCGAGGGCGACGAUAUCAAGCCAUCAGCCGCCAAUCCUCUCCUUCACCCACCACUUCGACGCCCUCUCCUGUCACUCCCAGUCGCGACGCGUUCCGCCCUGAGCUACGCACGAGGAAAACUGCCACGAAAUCAUACAUCCCCCGUCCUCCACCGUCGCAGGUCGACAAAUCGAACCGGCAGUCUUCGGGGCAGCACCUACAGCCAGCGACCAACAGCUUCCAGCAGCCCCUGGAAGGCGGUGCUGGCUCGGACACCGUCGGCGACCUCCAGAGCACCCUCCCGGCAGGAGGAGGGACCGUCGUGGGCGACCGGUCCGUCACCCAGUUCAGCUGUGACGGCCGGCCGUACGGCUACUACGCCGACAUGGAGACUGGCUGUCAGGUGUUCCACAUCUGCACCCCGGUUCUGCAGACCAACGGAGCCCAGCAGAUGCUCAAACACAGCUUUUUCUGCAACAACGGCACGGUGUUCGACCAGCGAACUCUGAGCUGCCGCGUGACGCCGGCCGCCAUGCCCUGCGACCAGUCGGAGCAGCACUACGCCUCUGUGGACUUCUUCACGAGCUACAACUACUUCGACCGGCUGCGACAGGACCAGGAGCAGCGUGACCGGCAGACUGGGCAGCAGCAGCGGCUAGACACACUGCAGGACCUGGAGCGUCUGGAGGCGCAGCUGGCUUGAAACGAACCGCUGUGCAUUUGACCUGACUUUGUCUAUUGGAAGGAGGCGUUGGCGCGCUGUUGUAUCGUCCGUAGACGACUGCUGACAGACUGGAAUGAUCGUGAAUAGUGAAUAAGCGAUACUUUGACAACUUCCUCACGUCAUGUACCUAAGUGUUGAGCUUAUGCUGUCCUGUCCAUUCAAACGACGCACUUAAAGAAUAGAAAACUUGCUAAGUGUUUUAUCAAGAAAAGCACUUGAGUCUAGCCAUCCUGCUUCGCAAGAAAGUAUUUAGAAUAUCGCUUUGAAUACGUUAGCUUGCUGCGUUCAAUAUGUCAAGUACACGUCCGCAUUUAUCCUUGGCUCCACGAUGUCAUUUCCUGAGAAAAUAUGUGAGGUGUAGCGCUGAUUGCGGUAUCAAUGUCGCAUUCAGCAUGUCGAGAAUGCACAGCAACCAUGUUC